UGUUGAAUCUUCAUCAACAACAAAAAAAUCAUGAUUUCAUUGUCGUUUUGGUUCUUUUCUCUCUCUCUCAAAUAACCUCAUCGAUCAAUCCUCUAUACCAUGCCUAGACUCUCAAUCAAAUCUCAACCGUCUGAUUAGAGGAUCAUACCCAAAUGUCACCACCACAACCACCGUCAUCGUCAUCGACAUCGUCGGCCUUCUCCGUCAUUUGUAUCCUCCACUCUCUCAUCGCCAUCACUAGUGGCACUCUCAUGAUGUUCCAUAUGAAGGAAAUCUACACCUUUACCCAUGGCCUCGACACAGCCACCAAGCUUUUGGGCUCCACACCACAUGACCAGCUCCUGAUCCGGACCUCCGAUUCUUUUUCCGGUUUGUUACUCUUCGCAAUUGGGUUUCUCAUAUUCAUGGUCUCUUUUGUAAAGGAUCGAGAGUUCCAGUCUUUCUUCGCUAAAGGGUGUACUGUUCUUCAUGUCUUCAUGGCUCUGUGGAGGGUUUAUUUUGAGAGAAGGGUUGAUGUUUUGGCUUGGGAUUGGUUAAGGCAGACAGUUGGCGAUAUCUUAUUGGCACUCUCCUGGGUUUUUUUUCUUGUGUAUUCUUGGAGAGAGAAGUAUGAUUAGUCUUAUUCUAAUACGUUAUGUGAGUUCUUUUAUUAUUAUUA